AUGAGUGCUGAUUUUGAUAGAAUUUAUUUGAAUCAAUCCAAAUUUAACGGGAGAUUCCGUAUAGCUGAUUCAGGUUUGGGUUGGAAAGCCGCUGCUAAUGGUGGUUCGGCAUCUACUCAAGCAAAGGCACCAUUUCUUUUGCCUGCCACUGAACUAUCUACUGUACAAUGGAGUAGAGGAUGUAGGGGAUAUGAACUAAAAAUCAACACCAAAAAUCAGGGUGUAAUCCAGUUAGAUGGGUUUUCUCAGGAUGAUUUUAAUAUAAUAAAGAGUGAUUUCCAUCGUAGAUUUAGCAUACAAGUGGAACACAAGGAACAUUCUCUUCGUGGGUGGAAUUGGGGUAAGACUGAUUUAGCUAGAAAUGAAUUAGUCUUUGCUUUGAAUGGGAAGCCGACCUUUGAAAUUCCCUAUUCUCAUAUUAACAACACUAAUCUGACAUCCAAAAAUGAAGUUGGUAUCGAGUUUAAUAUCCAAGAUGAAGAAUAUCAACCAGCUGGUGACGAAUUGGUGGAAAUGAGAUUUUAUCUACCUGGGACCAUCGAGACAAACAAUGAGGAUGAGUUGCCCAAAAUUGAAGCAGAGGAUGGUAUUAAAGAAGAAGCUGCUGUAGAUAAAGAAGAGAAAAGUUUAGCUGAAUCAUUCUAUGAAGAAUUGAAAGAAAAGGCAGACAUUGGAGAGGUAGCUGGUGAUGCUAUUGUCUCAUUCCAAGAUGUUUUCUUCGCAACUCCAAGAGGUCGUUAUGACAUUGAUGUUUAUAAGAAUUCUAUCAGAUUGAGAGGUAAAACGUAUGAAUAUAAAUUACAGCAUCGUCAAAUCCAAAGAAUUGUAUCUUUACCAAAGGCUGAUGAUAUACAUCACUUGAUUGUGUUAGCCAUCGAACCACCUCUUCGUCAAGGGCAGACCACUUAUCCAUUCUUGGUAUUACAAUUUCAAAAGGAUGAGGAAACAGAAGUACAAUUGAAUUUAGAGGAUGAGGAUUAUGAAACUAACUAUAAGGAUAAAUUGAAGAAGAGUUAUGAUGCUAAAACUCAUGUUGUUAUAAGUCACGUCUUAAAGGGGUUGACCGGUAAAAGAGUGAUAGUACCCGGCAGUUACACUUCUAAAUUUGAACAAUGUGCAGUAUCCUGUUCCUACAAGGCAAAUGAAGGUUAUCUGUAUCCAUUAGACAAUGCCUUUUUCUUCUUAACAAAACCAACCUUGUAUAUCCCAUUUUCUGAUGUUAGUUCUGUGAAUAUUUCGAGAGCAGGCCAAACGUCGACAUCCUCCAGGACAUUUGACUUGGAAAUUAUUCUUCGUUUAAAUAGAGGCUCUACGACCUUCGGUAAUAUUAGUAAGGAAGAACAACAAUUAUUAGAACAAUUCUUGAAAUCCAAAAAUUUGAGAGUAAAGAAUGAAGAAAAAGAGACUCAAGAAAGGUUACAGAACGCCCUUGGAUCAGAUAGUGAUGAUGAUGGUGAUAUCAAUAUGGGUUCUGCUGGUGAAGAUGACGAAUCCGAAGAUGUUGAUUUCCAUGCCAGUUCCGAAGGUGAAGACGACGUUGCUGAGGAAUUUGAUUCUGACGCCCCUGUUAGUGAUGAAGAGGCUGGCAGUGAUGCUGAUGAAAGGCCAGCAAAGAAGCCAAAGACUGAAUAG